GCUUGAUUGAACAUCACACCAGCAAUCCAACAUGUUCUCGUCGCUACAACCGUCGCGUCCAAGGCUCCCACAGCAAUCCGGACAGCCAAACCACGCCUAUCAGCAGCGGCGCGCAGCCCACGAGCUGCCCCACUCUCCACCACAGCCACAACAGCAAUCCUCACAUAGUCCGCCGAAUCCUCAAAAACCCAAGUCGCAAAUUGAAGCCAUGCCGCCCAAUCGCACAGCACCGCCGUUUCCUGUACAGAGCUUUUACGAUGCUGCGACACGGCAUCCGGUGUUCUUCACGAAUAACCUGAGAAAGCCUCCGUUUCCUAUGCCGCAGAUGCCGAGCCAGGGGUGGAGUCCUGUCGCGAAUGGGUACAUACAGGAGAGGCAGAAGGUUCAGGGCGGUCUAGGGACGAAGCUGUGAUCGCUCUGGUGCAUAGGACGCAAUAGGAUGAUUGCCGCCAUGUGGUCGUUGGGCUGACUAC